CACAGUCAUUCAAGAUGCCUUCAGCCCAAGGCCCCAUGGAGACCCAGGUGUGGUACCUAAAAGAUGACCCCAAGUGGGACAAGGAAAAGCCCUACUAUAGCAAUAUCCCCUUUGAACAUCCUGAUGCAAAACAGACAAACUUGGAGACGGAGCCCAGUAAUGUCACCGCCGUCGAUAUUCGUGGCCGAGAAGGCGAAUUUGAUCUGGAGCAGCACGGGUUUUGCGUAGUUCGCACAGACCUAGACGAUAUAGACAACAUCUAUCCCAACUUUGCCGACCCCUAUUGGGUUCAGGACAGUUACUAUGCACGCCUGGAGAAAUGGAUGCGAGCAGCAAUCGGUGACGACAAGAUUCGUCGCAUCUAUAUAUAUGAUCACACGGUCCGUCGUCGCGAUCCAGGUCUCGCAGUAGAGUCGAGAGGCACCGAGGGCGCCCUUCAGCCGGUCCUCGCGGCCCAUACAGACCACAGCCACGGCAGUGGCCCAACCCGAAUACAAGCUCAUCUGUCCGAAGAAGAGGCCAAAUCGCUAAUGCAAACCCGUUUUCAAAUUAUCAACGUAUGGCAACCUCUUUUUGGGCCCCUUGAAGACUGGCCCCUCGGGAUAUGCGAUCCGAAAAGCGUCCACCAAGAGGACCUUGUCCACACGGACUUGAUAUACCCGCACUACUUUGGCGAGAUCUACAGCCUUCGCCUCAACGCCUCACACUCUUGGUUCUAUCUUAGCCAUCAGAUGCCGAACGAAUUGUUGCUGUUUAAAAACUACGACUCGAAACUGGAUUCACCAACUAGAUUCACCCCCCACUGCGGAAUCAGGAAUCCGAUGACUUCCGAGACAGCCCGGCCGCGCGAGAGCAUCGAAUUCCGUGUCAUGGUAUUUUACAACGAUGAAUAAAAAGAUUCUUUUACUGCUCCCAUCUUCCCUCUUCUACGUAGAGAAAGUCAACUUUGAACUAGAUCAUGGGCACAAGCUUCGAUUCACAAAGUUUCUCUGCUUCAGGCUGACUACCUAUGGACCACGAAACUUGAUCAUGAUUUCGCAUCCCUGUAAACACAUCGGCACAUACUUGUAGUAUUUCAAGCGGUGGGUUAACCCCCCUGCCUGAUGUGUAUAUACCGUCUUGGAGCGGUUAGCCACCUGCGUUGCCUGAUGGGCCAGCGCCUUCAAUGCCGCCCGUCUUGACCCAGUCAAUCCACGGCUUGGCAGACUCGUUUUUGGGGUCUGGCUUCCAGCCGAUCCAGGGCUUGUCAUCGCUCGCCACGGCACCCUUGUCAGGCAGCCACUGGCGCCAGGUCUGCUCCUUUCCAGACUCAUUGGCCACCUGGAUGGGCGCCUCAAACGCUCUGUUCUCCCCGGCGUCAGGGUUACCCUGCACCAUGAUUACUGUAGCACACGAUACAAAGACACGGCCUAA